UUUUUUAAGCAGAUGUAUGUGAUAAAAAUGAAAUUUAUAUUUUAAGAGCACUUGGGCAGAUGCUUUUUGUUUAGAUCUCAGCAUUUGGGGCAAACGUUUUUAUGUAAGAACGUUCUUUUCCCAGAGUGUUCAGGUUGAUCUGCUGCAGAUCAUGAAUUACCCAGUAGACUUGAGUGUAUCUGUUCAGUAUUAACCAUGGUGUUGCUCUGAAUGUUGUCAUGCAGACUUGACAAACAUUUUUGUAAUGUAAAGGCAGACUUCUAUACUACCACGACCAGAGGAAAUUAAUGAGGUGAACGUGGGCGUGGCUUUUUUUAAAAUAUAAAUUACCUUAGGUAUUUUUUUUUAAGUGAGAGCGCAAGGAGAGGUUAAAAUGAGCAGCUGAGGGGGAGAAGGGCACAGUUGGCACGAAGUGCGGCCUCUUGUGCUCAGCUUCAAGACGCACUAUUGCCUCAAGGCUGGCCUUACAGCAUACUGCAGAAGGAAGGAACCCAAAAGUUAGUGAAGCACAGAAACUUAGGGACAUUAGACUACAGAGGCCAAAAUCAGGAUCCUGGCCAUGAGGUUUGAUGCCUCAUUUUAUUGAAGGGAGACACUGGACCUAAAUGGCGCAGCAUGACUUUGUUCCUGCCUGGCUUAACUUCUCAACACCACAGUCAACCAAGUCCCCUGCAGCCACCUUUGAGAAACAUGGAGAGCAUCUUCCAAGGGGAGAGGGCCGCUUUGGGGUGAGCCGUAGGAGACACAACUCUUCUGAUGGAUUUUUCAAUAAUGGGCCCCUCCGAGCUGCUGGAGACUGCUGGCAUCAGCCGUCCCUUCUCCGCCAUGAUUCUGUAGAUUCUGGUGUUUCUAAAGGAGCUCAUGUUGGGCUUUCUGGCAGUCAGCCUGGCUGGCAUGGUCCCUCACGGGGCCAUGAUGGUGUGAACCAGCGUGGUGGAGGAGGAACUGGAGUUCAUCGCCACUGGAAUGGCAACUUCCAUUCUCGGAAAAGUUCCGCCUUUCAAGAAAAGCUGCCUGUUGAAUCCAGGGAAGAGAAGAAGGAUGAUAAAGAGCAGUUGCAGUUUGAGGAAGAAGACUUUCCAUCUUUGAAUCCAGAAGCUGGAAGACACAACAACCAGAACAAACCGUUAGGGACGCCUUCUGGAGUAUGGGAAAACCCCCCUAGUGCCAAGCAACCUACCAAGAUGCUGGUCAUCAAAAAGGUUUCAAAAGAGGAUCCUGCCGCUGCCUUCUCAGCUGCAUUUACAUCACCUGUUUCUCACCUGGCAAAUGGCAACAAAGCCACCACCAUUGUCCCAAGUGUCUACAAAAAUCUGGUUCCUAAACCUGCAGCUCCUCCUUCCAAGCCAAGUCCAUGGAAAGCCAACAGAAGUGAACAUAAACCAGGCUCGCUUUCCUCCAGCCGUGACUCUGCCUUUACCAGUCCAGUGUCUGUAACCAAACCAGCGGUACUGGCGAGUGGCUCAGUCCUCACCUCUCCCAAAGAGAGUCCUUCCAGCACCACCCCUCCCAUUGAGAUCUGCUCUUCACGCCUGACAAAGCUGAUGCGCCGUACCACUGACAAAAAGAGCGAAUUCCUGAAGGCACUGAAAGAUGAUAGGAAUGGGGAGAUAACAGAGAACAGAGAAUGUGACAAGCUGGAUGAUAUGGAGAGCAACAGCACACCAGAACCAAAGGAAAACUGGGAAGAGAACUGCCAUCAGAAUGGCCUUUCUCUCCCUCUGCCAGAGGAGGGGGAAAACCUCUCUCAUUCAUUGGAAGCAGAACACAGGUUACUGAAAGAAAUGGGAUGGCAGGAAUAUCCUGAAAAUGAUGAGAACUACCUUCCCCUCACGGAGGAUGAGCUCAAAGAGUUCCAAAUUAAAUCUGAGCAGCGAAGAAGAAACGGAUAUGGGAAGAAUGGAUUUCUUCAGGGCCGCGGCUCCAGCCUGUUGUUCCACUGGAGAAGCACUUUUAAGACAAAGAUUGAGGACUCAGACACAGAAACUAGUAGCAGCGAAACGUCAGAUGAUGAUGCCUGAAAGUGGGCACAAGAAAAUUUAAAAUAAAUAAAACCAACCCAAUAAACUCAGUUCAUAGUUCAACAUGUGUUCGGGGUUGUAUAAACUAAACAGAGUUUAUUCUGUCUCCAGUCUGUUCAGUUUUUUCUUUUGUUGUUGAUACUUCAUGCACAAGGGAAAUAAUUGUAUCCCAAAGAAGAGAGAAAUUGGCUUCUUUAGCUUUUUCUUUUGGUUUUGCCCUAAUGCUUAAUAGAAGUUUGUGCAGCUAGCAAAUUUUGACACAAAUCCCUUGUGGGGCAGUGCACAAGUUCAGUCUUGUAAGCAGGACACAAGUGGCUGACUGAUCUUUGCAACAACAAGCUUCUAACAGUGCCGCCUGCAUUACAUAAUGUCGUGCGGUAACAGUGUGCUAAAACAAUCAUUGUCAAUGACAAAAUGGCUAUUGAAGUUCUAAUUAUGUUAAAUUAAUGCUAAUAACAUGGAUUUUUUUUUAUGUUUUUUUUUUUUGGCGGCUCGGGGAGCUUCAUCACUUAACCAGGCGUUUGUGGUUUUCUUUUUUUUUUUUUUGGGUACAGCUGUAAAAUAUUUGGAUAUAGGAAUUGUUUGUGUUCUUCUUCUUGCAGCCUUGAUAUUCAGGGUGGAUUGUAAAAUAUAAAUUUUUUGUGAGAUUUCAAAGAUUAAGAUUAUUUUGAUAACAUUAUUUACAGAUUUAAAAAAGUGACUAUCACAUUGAGUCUGUAUGAGGGGGAAAAACUACUGCAUCAAAAAUAACUAACUUGGAAUAAAUAUUUUGCAUCAGUUUGCCAAUUCUAAUUGUCUUUCUUAUAUAAGAAAAAGCUUUCCUCUAAAGGGACCUGCAACUUUGGGGGCUUAAUAGCACUGGGGAUAAAAAGUUUCUUCUCCCGCUGUAUUUUUCCACUUGGCAAACAUUGCUGUAGCACUCAGACUGCAGGAGCU